AUGGCUCCAUUUUAUCAACGUCCCGAGAAUGCUCUUAAAAGAGCGGAAGAGUUAAUUGCGGUUGGUCAAAAUGUAGCUGCACUUCAAUCACUUCACGAGAUUGUUAUUUCAAAGCGGUCACGCAGUACGCCUCUCGCUGCAUUGGAGCCAAUAAUGCUCCGAUUUGUAGAAUUGUGCGUUAAUUUAAGAAAAGGAAAAACCGCUAAAGAAGGCUUGCAUCAAUACAAAAAUAUUUCGCAAAACACUAGCGUUGCGACUAUCGAGCUUGUUAUCAAAAAAUUUAUUGAACUCUCCGAGGAAAAAGUGACUGCAGCUCAAGCGAAAGCGGAUCAAAUUACCUUGGAUGCUAUUGAUGAUCUCGAGGCGUCUGAAACUCCCGAGUCAAUCAUGUUGAGUACUGUGAGCGGUGAGCAGAGCAAGGAUAGAACGGAUAGAGCUGUUGUCACUCCUUGGCUGAAAUUCUUAUGGGAGGCGUACAGGACUGUUUUAGACAUUCUGAGAAAUAAUGCUCGUUUGGAGAUAUUGUAUCAACAAACGGCACAUCAGGCAUUCCAGUUUUGUCUGAAAUAUACUCGUAAAACUGAAUUUCGUCGACUUUGUGAUCUUCUUCGUAAUCAUCUUCAAAAUAUCGCUAAAUAUGCACAUCAACCCCAUUCCAUAAAUUUAAACGAACCUGAAAGUCUUCAACGUCAUUUGGAUACUAGGUUUAAUCAGUUGAAUGCAGCUGUUGAAUUAGAACUAUGGCAAGAAGCAUUUCGAUCUGUCGAAGACAUUCAUAAUUUAUUGUCCAUGUCAAAAAGGCCUGCAAAACCUGUUAUGAUGGCCAAUUAUUAUGACAAAUUGACAAAGAUAUUUUUGGUUAGCGAAAAUUAUUUGUUCCACGCUGCUUCUUGGAAUAGAUACUAUACUUUAGUUAGAGCUCAAAAACAAACAUUAACCGAUGAAGAAAAUACUCGAAUGGCAUCUUUUGUCUUGUUAUCCGCCCUUGCUAUCCCUGUUAUCACUAGCUCUAAGACUCGUUUACUUGAAAUCGACGACAACAAAAGUAAAACUCAUAGACUCGCCGCCCUAUUAGGAAUGAGUCGUUCACCAACUAGAUCUGGAUUGUUAAAAGAAGCUCUCAACAAAAAUAUUCUACGGCGCGUACGUCCUGAAUUAAAAGACCUCUACAACAUCCUGGAAGUCCAAUUUCAUCCCUUGUCCAUAUGUAAAAAGAUUGAACCGAUUAUGACUCACCUUGCUCAAGAUGUUGAAAUGUCUAAAUAUGUAAAACCUUUACAUCAAGUCAUUUUGACUCGUCUUUUCCAACAACUUUCUCAAGUUUAUGAUUCAAUUGAACUUGAGUUUGUUAUCAAUCUUGCCUCUUUUGCACCUCCUUAUAAUUAUGAUGCUGCCACUAUUGAAAAGUUUAUUAUGAACGGUUGUAAGAAAGGAGAGCUUUCGAUUAGGAUUGAUCAUACAACAAAAAGUUUGACAUUUGAAACGGACCUUUUUGCGGCUUCUAAAAAUGCUGAUGCCGAUGGUGCAAAGUUACAAGCUUCACCAGCGGAUCGAAUGCGUGAUCAACUUUCAAAGCUUGCCAAAUGUUUUUAUACUACUGUUCAUAUGAUAGACCCCACCAUAAUUCAAGCCAAGGAGGAAGCAAGGGCUCAAGCUAUAUCACGCGCUUUUGCUGGUAUGGAGGAGGAGCAUAAUAACGCUCUCGCGCGUAAAGCUAUUAUCGAACGUAGAAGGGAAUUGGUAGAAACGUUAUUGGUGCGUAAAGAAAAGGAGGAACAAAGAGAGCGGCUCAUCCGCCUAAAGCGAAGAGAUGAUGAAUUAAGACAGCGACGAUUGGAAGAUGUCAAAAAACGUGAGUUAGAGAGGAAAAAACGUGAAAUUGAAGCUAUACAAAGAGAGGAAUCUCGUAAAUUAGCAGAAUCUUUGAAGGCUAAGAAUUUUAAAGUUCAACCCGAGGAUUUGGAAAAUUUGGACCCAGACAGUUUGGUUCAACUCCAAGUUGCUCAGCUUGAAAAAGAAAAACGAGAACUCAAUGAACGGCUUAGAGCUAUUGCUAAACGUAUGGAUCAUAUUGAACGCGCUUUUCGUAAAGAGGAGAUUCCUCUACUUGAAAAAGAUUAUGAACGACAAAGGAAAGCGGACAAAGCUUAUCAUGAAGCUGCUCGUAAAUUACAACUUGAAUUGGCUUCCGCUAAGCACGCUGAAGAUCUAAAAGUGAAAACCAGGUUAAUGAAAAUUUUGCCGGAUUAUCAAAAAUAUCGUAAAGAAAUUGAGGGCAAGCAAUUUGAAGAAUUUGAAGAACGUAGGAGAACAGCUCAAGCCAAAAUUGAGGAAGAAAAGGAGAAACGACGACUAUUAUACAGGGCCAAGAAGGAAGAGGAAAGGAUAAGAAUUGAAUCGGAAGAAGCGGCGAGAAUAAAGGAUGAGGAAGAUCAACGGCUUCUUAAAGAAGCUGCGGAGCGUGCUGAGCAAGAACGUAUUGCUAAGGCUGAGGCUGAUAAGGCGGAAUAUGAAGCUAAAAAGAGGAAACUUGAUGAACAAGCUGCCAAACAACAAGAAGCUGAACGUUUGGCAGAAGAAAGAAGAUUACAACGCGAGCCUGAACCGCAAGCUACUAGUCGUGAAGAAGGUGUGUGGCGUCAAAGCGGAUCGGGGCGAGGUACAACCACACCUAUUCGUUCUAAUACCGAUGAAGGGUCAGACUGGCGUCGGUCUGAUUCUGGACGAGGAUCAACAACUGAAGAAAGAGUCUGGCGUCGAUCCGAAUCAGGUCGCGGAGGUUCCACUGAUGAUGUUCGACGUCGUAUUUCAGUAACAUCAUCAUCGCGGGAAGAACCAAGUGUCAAACAAGAAGGUCCAUGGAGGCGCAGCGGGCAGCCACCAUCAGACCGUGGAGAUCGUCCGGAUAAUAAAUGGAAAAAGAGCCAAGAUUCUUGGAGAAAGGAUACCGAAGAGCCAGAUUCAACACCACCACCACCAUCCUCAUCUAAAGGACCUACGCGUAUUUUGAAAUCAGAGGGUAUUUGGAGGUCACGUAAUAAACAAUCAGAAUCUUCGGUAAUGGAGAGAACUUCGUCUGGACGAGAGGAAUUUAUUGACGAACCCGAAGAAGAUCAAACGAUGUCACAUGAACGUGAUGGUUCAUGGGUUACAUCUGAAGAUAAUUCAAAAACGCAAUCUUCUAGUAAACCAAAUGUUCCCGAUGAACCAGAUGAUGAUGGGUUUAUCCCAGUUACCAAAGGCAAGCGACGCAGUAAAAAUCAAUCUGGACAUGGAUAUGACAUGGAAUAA